AUGGCCCCCGACUUGACUCCCUCCAACGCUGGCACGGUGAGCAAAGCCGAUGCAACCUCCAUGCCCCCCGGCUGGACAGACACCUACGCCGAAAUGGGCGGCGACGAAGAAUGGGGCAGCGUCAACGGCACCGGCGCACACACCUCCGUGGCGCUGGGCCUAGGCAAAGCUACCCCCCUCUUGGGCCGAAAACUAGGCGAGGGCGGGGUUCUCUACUUCUUUGCGGGUGAUGCCAAACCCGGCAACAUCUACUUCUGGGAACCCGACAUGGGCGAGGUGUUCCGUGUCACCGAGCCGGGGGAUGUGGAUGGGAUCAAGAAGCUGAUUGCGGCGGGGAAAUUUAAGGAGAUUAAGCGCGAGGAGGUGGAUGGGGCGUCGAGUGAGCAGAAGGAGGUGAGGUUGGAGGCGUUUUUUCGGGCUGAGGGUUUGCUUGAGUAG